GACUUAUAGAUUAGCCUUUGGCUCGUCUUGAUUCGCUUAAGCUAAAAUAGCAAUAAGUCCAUAAGCUUUAAUACCACUUAGUGAGAAGUGAGAAAUAUCAACGUCUCAGCCGUCACCUUCUCACAGAGUCCUCUUGUCGUUCGCCCUGUAGGGAGAAGUUUUUUUUCCAUCAUGCUCUCGCAGAAUGUUCUGGUCUUGUCCUGCGUGCUGCUCCUUUUGACGCUGUGCCCUGACGUUCUGUCUCGCCGGGGUUUCGGAGGCAUAGGUGGCCGUUGGGGUGGCGUUGGAAAGGCCGGAGGAGGAGGAUCCUGGGGAGGUGGCGGAGCUCACAGAGUAGGCGGCAUUGGCGGAGGACACCACUACAAAGUGCCACAUGCCAACGGAGGAAGCUCCUCAUCGGGAUCGAGCGCAGGAAAAAUGGCAGGAGCGGCGGCAGCCGGCGCGGUUGGAGGCAUGAUGAUCGGACACGGGCUCGGCUCCAUGUCCCGACCCGGAUACGGAUACGGUCAUGGGGGGUAUGGUGGGUACGGUGGUUAUGGGUAUGGAGGAGGUCACGGAUACCCGAGGUACGCCGGAGGACACGAGAACGGACACGUCCGAUAUGAUAAUGGUGCAGGGUUCAGGAACGAGACCGAUAUGGAGUACUACACCGGAGCAGCCAGCAGGGGGCAUACUUACAGUUGCGUGCUGCUGUUUGGAGCCACAGUGUCCUUGUUAAUUGGAUUCUGAAGCUCAUAGAGUCGAUGACUCGCACCCUGAAACGUAAAAACUGACUCGGUUUCCCAAGACACGUUGACUUUGGUUUUUAAAAGUUUGCUAGUCAGAAACACUGAGAGUUUAGUGCUUAUGUCACCAUAUUUCACACUGUUAUGUAUAAAAACAGACAAAAGGACAUUGCAGAGGUAAAAACAGGAUCAGUCGGAAAACGACUCAAACAAAUAACGGUCACAAUGUACUUAUUAAUAUGUAAUUACAAACCUUUAGGUUUUUUUCUAAUCGUUAAGUCGUAUCUUUUACCUAAAAACGUUAACAAACGGUAACUUUUAUCCUAGUAAGUUUCAUCCUAUAAUGUAAUUAUAUUAAUGACCUACUAAUGUCAUAUAUGAUGAUUAAACUGCUAAACUGGA